CAGCUCGGUAUACAGCGGAGAAGUUAUUGAGCUGCUGUUGGUCGGUGCGGAUUUUUUUUUUUUUUUUUUUUUGGUUUUCUUUUUUUUUUUUUUUUUUUAAUUCUAGCGUGCUGCUGCUUUAGCACGCGCUGCGCUAUGAAGAGCGCGAGGAGGAAACUCUGAUCAGAGCGCGAGGCGGACGGACCUAAGGGAGAACUGGGCUUUGAUUUGGAGUGCGCGCGCGUGUGUGUGUGUGUGUGUGUAUGCGUGUGUGUUUUGAGGUGUUUUAGCGGCUUGGUGAGCAUGGUGAGGCUGCAGGUGUGUGUGCUGGCUCUGUCCGCGGCGCUCUGCUUCUGCUCGGGAGGACGAGGAGCCGAGCGCGAGCGCGAGCGCGUGGAGGAUGAGGAGGAGGGUGAUGAUGGAGUCUCGCGGAGCUGCAGGGAUGUCAAGCAGGCGCUCGUGGACAGAGGAUUCACUGCCAUCAGGAUUAACCAGCACCAGACCGCAGGUGAGCACCUGCGUGUGUGUUCUCAGGAGUACACAUGCUGUGGGGUGGAGAUGGAGGACGCGCUCACACAUCGCAGUAAAGCCGAUCUCGAACACCUGAUGGAGCAGAGCAGCGUCACUAUGAGAACCGUCUUCACCACCAAACACAGGAAGUUCGACGAGUUCUUCCUGGAGUUGUUGGACAACUCGGAGAAGUCUCUGAACCACAUGUUCGUCCGCACCUACGGCAACCUGUUCAUGCAAAACUCAGAGAUCUUCGAGGACCUGUUCUCGGAGCUACGGCGUUACUACACAGGAGGGAAUGUCAACCUGGAGGAGAUGCUAGGCGACUUCUGGGCCAGGCUUCUGGAGAAGAUGUUCCAGCUAUUGAACUCUCAGUUCUCCUUCACAGACGAAUAUCUAGAAUGUGUGAGCAAGUACACGGACCAGUUGAAGCCGUUCGGAGACACACCGCGCAAACUCAAGGUCCAGAUCACACGUGCCCUCGCUGCCGCACGCACCUUCGUCCAGGGACUCAUGGUGGGACGGGAGGUGGCCAAUCGUGUGGCCAAGGUGAAUGUGUCCCCCGGCUGCAGUAAGGCUCUGACGCGGAUGCUGUAUUGUCCGUACUGCGGCGGGUUUGUGGACCUGAAGCCGUGCAGGAGUUACUGUCAGAACGUCAUGAAGGGUUGCCUCGCUAAUCAGGCUGACCUGGACCCAGAGUGGAACGUCUUCAUUGACUCCAUGCUCCUGGUAGCUGAGAGGUUGAAGGGGCCGUUUAACAUUGAGGCCGUGAUGGAGCCGAUCGACUUGAAGAUCUCUGAGGCCAUCAUGACCAUGCAGGAAAACAGCAUACAAGUCUCCGCCAAGGUGUUUCAGGGUUGUGGUCAUCCCAAACCAGUUAGAUCCGGAUCAGGUCGGAGCACCCGCGAGGUGUUCAAUGCUCGUUUCAAACCCUACAGCCCCGAAGACAUGACUCCAUCAGAGAGCAGCGGCCUCGACAGACUGAGGAGCGUCUGGAGAACAAUGCAGGACAGCGUGAUUGACAUUAAGGAGAAAUUGAAGCAGGCGAAGAGGUUCUGGACAUCACUGCCUGAUGUGAUCUGCUCUAAAGAAAACGUGAUAGAACCAAACAGUGACCAGUGCUGGAACAGUCACACUAAAGGAAGGUAUUUCCCUGAGGUUGUGAAAGAUGGCCUGACCAAUCAGCUGAGUAAUCCAGAGGUGGAGAUUGAUAUCACUCGCCCAGACACCUUCAUCCGCCAGCAGAUCAUGGCUCUGAGAGUGAUGACCAACAAACUGCGCAGCGCCUACAACGGCAACGACAUCUCCUUCCAGGACUCCAGUGAUGAGGUCAGCGGCUCUGGCAGCGGAAGCGGCUACACCACUGAGUUUGAGUUCACAGGCACAGAGGCGCCAGCUGUGGGGGCGGGGCGUCAAGACCAGGCCACGCCUCUACGACCUGCAUCUGAUAAAGCCACACCUAUUAGACCUGCUUCUGACAAGGCACCGCUCCUUAUAGCCUCACCGAUCACUUUAAUGAUGGUCACGUUGCUUCAGUUCUGGUGGAGAUAAUGGCUGGAAGGGGAGUGGACACCUUAUGAUGCAGCUUAGCUCCUCCCACACUGUUAGCCCCACCCCCACGGGGUUUUACGAUGGAAAGCAUGAGGAUUGACACCCAAAGGACAGAUAUAGUGAGGUAGAGAGAGAGAGAGACGACAAAAUUUCUGCAUCCUGCUUGUUUCCAAAGAGCAGCUUCAUCCUCAAAUGACACCUUUUUCUCUCGUUCUUACAAAAAAAGACGGAGGAAUGCUGCAGCACGUUCCUCAGAUCCCUUUCAGUGAAGUACCAGGAUUAAAAAAAAAAUAUAUAUAUAUACACAUGAAGAAGAAUCUAUUUUUGUUUGUGUUUUUUUAUAUCCACUGCGCAAGAUGAGAACCUCAAAAAAGAGAUAUCUAUAUAAGAUGCAGAGUCGUCUCUUCCAAACCCAUCACAAAGGAAUAGAGACAUGAGCAGGAGGAACAAUAAAAAGAUUUAAAAAAAAAAAAAAAAAAAAAAAAAAAAAAAAAAAAGUAUAAAUCAUAUUUGCUUCUGUGCCACUGUGAAUGCAUGACAUCAUAUCUCACAUCUGUCAUUUCUUUCAUUUCUUUUUUUUUGGUUGUGCAUUAAUGUUUUAAAUAAGAUAUAGAUUAAUUAUCAGAGGAAUUUUAUAUCACUUUACAUGAAGGACACCUCAUAUCAUCGUUGUAACACUCAAGCAUUAAACAAAUCUUUACAGAAUAAUAAUAACACCUAAUGUCAGUAUUCGCUAACUUUUGUAAGAUUUUUACAUUAGUCUAAUUGCUUGUAUCAGACUGAUAAUAAAAGGCCAAACUGGCACAAGAACAUUACAAAAUAGGUGAACUAACAUAACGACACUAAUAAAAAGGCAGAGCACCGGCAGGAAAAAAGAAACCGUAUUAAACAGCUAAACAGUAUACGGGCAAGCUACCAUAAAGGCACUAAUAAAUGAGAAACUAUUAGAAUUUAACAGCCAAAUUAGCAUGUAAACUCUUACAAAUAAAAACAUUUUAAAAAGACAAAUUAGGGUUAAAUACUGUUUAUAAAAAGUCCAUUAAAGGGAUAAACUUCUAUAUAAAACACAGACACAUGAGCAAAGAACCAUAAUACAGCCCUAAGGAAAUUUGGAAACCAACCUAAAAAUACACCAACAAAUUGGAAAACUACCAUGCAUAUUUUAAAAAUAAACAAAAAUCCUCUAACAAAAGAUCUGACAAACUACCGUUAAAAAACACCCUAUGAAAUGGACAAGCUACCAUUUAAAAAAAUUAUUUAAAUAAAUUAAAAAAAAAACAAACAAAAAAAAAAACACUAAACUGCCAAUAAUUUGCCAAGUUACCAUAAAGAGAAACUACUUUACAAAUCCAACACAUUUAACAACAUGUCUAACAAAUUGACAACCAACCAUUAAAAAGCACAACAGGACAAAGACAAAGUUGCAUAAAAAACUAAUAAAUGUGUCAACUACAAUAAAAAUACACAAAAACUAGAAAGUUUUAAGAAAAGGACAACCUAACAAACAGUGAAACAAAGUCAAAUUACCUUAAACACUGUAAUAAAUGGACGAACUAGCAUUAAAACACUGAGAAACAUUGCAAGAAAACAGUAAUACAUUAGCAAAUGAGCAUAAAAAAAACACAAAAACCUAGACAAGCUAUCAGUAAGAAACAAAUGUAAAGACACAAAUGGAAAGACUUCGAUACCAAACAAACAAAUUGGCAAAAUAACUAACAAAAAAAAAAUUACAAACAUAUUUGUAAACUACUACAAACCUAGCACAUGCAUACUGUCAUAAAACAACCCUAACACACUCACAAACUACACACUACUCGCUACUCGCUUAAAAACACACCAACAAAUUGGAAAUCAUAAAAAAUAGUUUUAAAAAAUUAAGAAAUGGAGCAUCUCAAACAAAUGGGAAACUAGUAAAAAAAAAAUACUUACUUACGGACAAACUACCACAAAGACACUAACAAAAGGGCAGACAAAUGUCUCUCUGUCUCAUCAGUUUGCGAAUACUGACAUAAGCCGUUUAUGUUUAUCUCAUAUAUACGAGAUUUGAGAGAUUUGAGAAAAUACCUUUUAUAAACAAUUCAUUUCUUUUUUCAUCAAUGCCACCUGACUUCUUUUUGAAAUAAAUUAAAUGUCACUAUGAGAAAGUCAAGGAGAAAGUCAAUCACACACACUUUACUAGGUCACCUCAUUUUUGACUCCAUGUGUGUGUGUGUGUGUGUGUGUGUGAGUGUAUAUAUAUUCCCUUGUGUCCGUGUGGCCUUCUGGCACUUUCCAUUCGGGACUCAGAUUGCCACCGGUCAGUGUGUGUGUGUCUGUGUGUGUGUGUGUGUGUGUUCUCAGCACUUUUCCUACGUUGAGUCCGCAAAAAAAAAAAAAAGUUUGUGUUUGCACAAAAUUUGACCUUACAGCAAAAAAUACUACACACACACACACACACACCUCCACAACUGCAACUUAAUCACAUUCUUUAAAAAGAGAGAGAGAGAGAGAGAGAGACUGGAAUAAAUGUAAAACCUGUGCUACAUUCAUGCAUAUGCAAUUACGCAGAAUUUUAGCAUAUAUGUGUAUUUCAUCACAAUCUUUAUAUUUAUCCUAAUUUUCAACAUUAUGACUUGGUGAUUGUUCUAAAAGCACUUUGAAAUCUUGUGAAUGUUAUGAACGUUCAUUGAUCACAUCAUUUUCACACAAUUUUAACAUACAGACUCAAAAAUUACGCAGAUCUGAUUUGGGCCUUGCUUUAAAAUGAACGUUUUUGGUGGAGCCCUGAGUUUAAAUCUAACUCUCGGUUGAAAUGAAUCAGAAUUCCCAUUUAGUGUUUUUGUUUAGUGUUUAUUUAGUGUGUUUUCCAUCCAGAUAGUCGAGAAAUUCGAGAAUCCUCAGUGAUUCUAGACUCGUUAUUGUAGUACUGGAACCCAUUGUGUGGUUCUGUUAUUGUGUAGAUUCCCCCAGAAUCAUCAGUGCGGCUCUGUGCAGUUCUAGAGUAGCAUCAUUGGGUUCCCAAGUGCUGUGGACUAGUUCUUCAUAUGAUUCUAGAAUCCUCAUUGUGGUUCUAGAUCCUGUCAGAAUCCGCUAACAUCGAAUGGCUUUUAGUGUAGUCCUUGAAGCCUCUGUGCUUUUUCUAAAUCUUCCAGAAUUCUCCAGACUCUCAUUUAAUGUGGUUCUAGAGGCAUCAGGCCAGUUGUAGAAUCUUGAUUCGGUUAUAAAAUUCUACAUUUUUUUUCUGUGUGGAUUUGUAAUAUUCAGAAUCCCGUAAAUUGUUGUCAGUCUUGGGUUAGCUGUGUGGGUUCUAGAAUCAAAGCAGGAUCCUUAUUGUCAUAGAAUCUCCAUAAUCCUUUAGAAGCAAAUUUCUUUCAAUACAAUUCUAAAAACCUUUAACAAUCCUUUCUGAAGCUCUAGAGUCCUCAAGUGGUUCUAGAAUCUUUGGGAAUGUGAUUAUCAUCAGUGCCCAUUCUUCUGUGUGAUUCUAGAAUCAUCAGUGCAGUCCUAUCAUAUUAUAAUGACUUUCAAGUAGUUUUAAGGAGGGCUCUAGAAUCCUCAGUGCAGGUUCUUGAAUCUUUUCUGUGUGUUCUAGAAUCCCCGUUUCAGUUGAGAUGCUUGUUGUGGUUAUAGGAUUCCCAUAAUCCCGUACGAGCAGAUUGCUUUCAGCACACUACUAAAACCUAUACCUGAAGGUUUUAGAAUCCUCAUUGUGUUUCUGGAUUCCAUGGUGUGGUUCUAGAAUCCUCUGGAAUCUGAUUGUCACUGCAGUUCUAGAGUCCACUGUGUGAUUCUAGAAUGCUCACUGCAGGUUCUUGAAUCCUCUGUGUGCAUUCUAGAAUCAGUGCCUUGUCUCCAUGAUCCUGUAGUAGCAGAUUGCUUUCAAUACAGUUCCAGAAGCUUUCUAGAAUCCUCUGGAAUCUGAUUAUUCUCAUUGCUGUUCUAGAGUGUUCUCAAAUCAUCUGUGUGUUCUAGAAUCCUUGCUUCAUUUUUGUGAGGCUUGAUGUGGAUCAAAGAUCCCCAUAAUCCUGUAGUAGCAGAUUAUUGUCAAUAUAAUUCUAGAACCUAGGUCGGUGAUGGUGUUAAAGGUUCUUGAACCUUUUGGUGUGGUUCUAGAAUAAUCUGGAAUCUGAUUGUUGUCAGACCAGUUCUAGAGUCCGCUGUGUGAUUCUAGGAUGCUCUUUGCAGGUUCUUGUGUGCGUUCUAGAAUCAGCGCCUUGUUUUUCAGAUUCUUGUUGUGGUUCUAGGAUCUCCAUGAUCCUGUAGUAGCGGAUUGCUUUCAGUACAGUUCCACAACCUUUCUAGAAUCCUCUGGAAUCUGAUUAUUGUCAGUGCAGUUCUAGAGUCCACUUCACGAGUCUAGAAUCCUUUGUGCAGUUCUACAAUCAUUACAAUCAUUUCCUGGUCACGGCUCAUGGCUGUGUCCCGAAUCACUACACUACAAACAGUACAGUAUAACUAACAGACUUCAGUGAUGUGUAGUACAGUAGCAGCUAGUUUGAGACAGAGGCCAUGGCUGGGGUUGUGUUCCACUCUCUCCAUGGCUGUGUCCCAAAUCACUGCACUAAUAGUCUGACAAAUGAGACCAUUGUCUGUGGUACAUAUUGUUAAGUGCGCAGUGUUCGCUCAGCUAGCUAAGCCUUUAGCAAUCAUCAUGUCAUCCUAAGACUGCUUAUGGCUGUGUUCCAAACCAUCCUGCUACUAUACGACAUGUACAGUGAUGACAUACUCUUUACUCCACUCAUUCAUCAUUUCCCCUAUAUUAUUCCCUAAAACACACACGCACACACACAGUGUGUGUGUGUGUUGGAGUAUUUUUGCAGCUUUGUUUCAUUUUUGCUGAUGCAGAGAGGAAAUAAAAUAAAAAAUAAAAAUGUAUAUGAAUUAUUAAUUGCAUUUUUCCCCCCACAAUCCACUUUGGUUUUGAGUUAGACAUUAAUAUUGGUUAUGGCUGUAUAUGACUUGAUCUGCGUUUACAUCACAGUUAAAGUGUGUUAUGAAGGAUUUUUGGAAGAUUUGAGUCGACAUGAAGAGCAGACAUGCCUUACGACGUUUCUUUUUUUAAUGAAAAGAAAAAAAAAAAACAAUAAAUAAAAAAUCAGAAAGGAUUGCAUAUCUGGGUUUUGUUACGCUCUCUUGUAUACAGAUCAGUAAUGAAAAGAUGAGUAAAAAAAAAAUAAAACAAACAUUUUGUAUGAAUAA